UUAGAAGACUGCUUUUUGCGCUUUCUUUUACUGUAGUUUGUUUUGAUAUGAAACUCUUUAUUAUAACUCUAACCCUAACCCGAAAAUCUCACUUGUGCUGUCUGUUGACUGUGAUGAAAAUAUAUGAUUAGACGUUGCCGCUUUCCUUAUUGUUUUUGAUCCAAUCCGUGUGAAGAGGCUGUAUCCUUCCUGUGGUUUCCUCAUACUCUAAAAAGCAACCCAAUUUGUCAUUAGCUGUUAGAGAGACGACUAAACUGAAAACUUUAUCAGUUUGUCUCAGAAACAGACACCAUGCCACUAAGAAUAUCUGUGGCUCAGGCCUGGGCCGUCGCCUUGGAGCUGUAUACCACAAACACCAUGCCUGGCUGGAGGAACAAAUUGUGUCUCUUUGUCAUUUGUUUCUUCUUGAGUCUGAUUUUUGGUGGCCUUCUCUUUUUGGGAUUGGAUCUGUCGGUAGGGUACACUUCUCUUAUGUCCUUAUACAUUACGUCUGCCAUGACAGUAACAGUGACUGUCAUUUUGUUUUUUUUUAAACAAGCAAGGUGCUUCAGUAUGCUUUUUCUUGUUUCCUGUGGAAUGCAGCAAGGUCGAAAUAUUCUCAUCACAGCCGGAACAGGCGUAGUGAUUGUUUCGAAUGUCAGAAACACCUUCAACAACCUUCGUGGCCUGGCCAAGAGUAUGAUAUGCAACCUGGAAGCAAGACAAAUAACCAUCAAUACUACUCCUAUUGACAAAUAUAUUGGAGUGAUUCAAUGGAUUUACGAUCAAACAAAAGUGUUUAGUAAUCUGCUCAUUGUUAAGUUUGAACCUGAGUUUCAUAUCGAACAUACAAUUUCUACAUACGACUUGAAAGAAAGACUACAAAAAGCUAAGCAGGAGGUGAAAGAGGUUUCUGAAAACGUAUCUCAAAUAAUGGACACGCUGUCCUCCAUUGGUCAAAAAGUUCUACCAUUGCUGGGUGUUUUCUUAGUUCUGAUCGGCACAGUGUUUUACAUCCGAAAAUACCACUUCAACAAGAAGUUUGAGAACACAUUCAUCACACCGCGGUUCAUUCGGUUUGAUAAGAAACAAGAGGCAGAGGGAAAGCCCCACCUCCUUCCUCUCACCAAGAAGGAGAGAAAAAAAUAUGUCAUCAUCCCCUCGCCCCGCUUAUCGGUCAAGGAAGGGAAGCGCAUGGGGAUGUUUUUCAUUCCUGUUCUAAUUCACACUUCUGCCUGGGUUUUUUUCAUAAUGGUUGACGCUCUUCUCUACUGGCUGAUUUUAACAAUAAGUAAACACCUCGAGGAUGUGCCUCCAAUUAUGGUUGAUUUGAAGAUGUCAAUAGAUAAGGAAAACCGAGUGUUUGGUAUCAUCUCUGAAAACUCCAGGUCUGAGAGUCAGGAUUUUUCAUAUAAUGUGACUUUGUUUGAAAAGAACUGUAUCCCAAAACCAACGCUCUUAAUCCAGAAGUCAUCAGUCCCACUCGUUGUAAUAAUUGUCAUUUUAAUGCUUAUUGGGUUGAUGUCUUCCAAAUUAACAGAGCUGAAACUACUGGUGAUAUCUUCAUUUUACCCUGACAAUGAAGAUAAGCGCAUUGAAUACUUGCAUGCCAAAAUACUUAAGAAAAGACCCAAAAAGAAGUUGAAACCUUUUAAAAGCAGAUUGAUUGUUUUCGACAAAAAGCUGGAUUUCUGGUUUCCUGUUUUUUCCUUCUUUUGGAAGCAGGAUGAUAACAGGACCACAUUGGAAUUAGACUGAUUUAAUUACACUUUUCAGCUUUCAUGAAAGAAAACAAGGCUUUUGAGGGUGUGAUGAUUAAGCAAUAAGACAGCUCCUUAGCAACAUAUUCAUAUUAUUAUUACAGGAAAGCUUGACAUAGAAUUAUAUUGUACAUAAACCAUCUAUUAUUUGUUUUAAUAGUUUAGUUAUUUGAGUAAUACAUUUUUAUUUUUUUACGUUAAAAUACAGUAUGCUGUAAUAAUGCUUCCUUAUUUCUAUAGGUAUGGCUUCAUCAGCUAUUUGUACAAAGCUUUAAAGAAAUGGUAAAGUAGUUACUGGGAGUUGUUGGGAACAGACCUAUAUUAACUGCAUAAUCUGUCAGAUACUCAAUAGCAAAGAAUUACAGACCAAAAUGUCUACUGGUUCUGAAAUAUUUUAUUAAUGCAGAAAAUAUAUAUAUUUACGUGGAGCUGUUCUUCAGUUCAGAUACCGCAUACAAAAACAUAAAAGAAUAAAAUUACUGGUGACUUUUUCUUUUUUAAUUAGGAUUUCAGUGCAGACAUUCAUGUAAUUGUGUACAUUUCAGUAGUUAAGUUACUGUCAGUUCCCAAAAUGUAUUAGCAAAACACAUUUUAGCAAUUAUAACUAUAUAGUAAGCUACAUGUGUCAAUGCUGAUUGUGCUGUUUAUUCAAUAACCUGUUCACAAUGUGGUAAUACAUUUAUUUAAACCUAGCUUGCAGAAGAUAAACAGUGCCUGUGCUGUUGUUAUGAUGUUCUGAAAUAAAGUUACUGAAAGUAAUCAGUCUGCAUCCAGUUGUUUGAUUUCUACAACUUGUCAUUCAAACCGGGUUGCUAUUGCUGUUGUGGUAACUGUAUUGCUGCUGACAGCAAAGCUAUUCUCCAUUAAAAAAAAAAAAAAAAAAAAAAAAAAACUUUAUUUGCUAUAAUAAAUUUCAAUAGAUAAAGUUUAAGACAGCGCAAAAUAGUCGACAUUGACAGACAACAUUUAAAGGGUAUGUACUGGAAUGGAAAUUUUAAUCAAGCAAAAAAAAAAGGUAAAAUACAUAAAUGAGUACAAUAUGUAUGAAUUAUCAGGCAGAUUGAUUUGAAACAGAGAAAAUAGUUUGAACAAUAACAUUCAAAGUCAUUUACCAGAAAUUAAGGAUUGCAUAUUGACCAAUCAGGUUAAAGAAAAUCUCUGGUACAUUUUCUCAUUAACGAUUAUGACUCCACACACAUUUACCACUAACGCUGUGCCUCCCAGUCUGCACCUCACACCUCACAACAUACCACAGGUGUGAGCUUUCCCUACAAAACCACAUGCCGCCUUCUGUGUCAUUGCUUAUUUGCACUUUACAUAGCGUUGAUAGAUACAUUGUAAGUGGUUUAUACAAAAAAAAAAAAAGAGACUUAACCACAGGGGUAGCAAAUCCUUUUCAACACCACAGCACACUGUUAUCCCUGCAAUGUAUGAACAGCAUGGUACAGGGCCCAUUUAUGGAAAAGUCAUCAAAGAAUGAGGGCAGGGAAACAGGGUUCAAGUGUAGUUGUGUGCACAUCUUUAUUUUUAAUCAUAUUCUCAGAGGGACAAAUAACUAUAAUUCACAUAACCCUGUUAUUUUUCUUUUUUA